UGCUCGAUUCACGUUAACACGAACAGGGCAUGGAGGUAAACAAUACACAAUAAGUAGGUGUUUUGAAAACAUCGGGCGAUGGCACGACAAUCCCUUAAAUUAAUUCCAUAAAUUUUAUGUAAAGGAAAUUCACUUCUUCCCUCGUCGCUUACUUAAAAAAUCAACAUGCCAGUGAAAUAUUGGUUGUUUCCUGAUGGGAGAUCACCUGUUCGAGCGAAGCUUUGGAACUGGUCAUCCAACUUUGUGUGUGGACUUGCAGGGGUUGUUUGCAAAGUAUAUUUAGAACGUUUAAACAGUUGCACUGUGUACAACAGAGAAAAAAUGAUUGAUACAUUUGAUGAAAUGAGGAAAUCUGGGCGAAGUCUAAUUACAUACUGUAACCAUGACAGCUGUAUUGAUGACCCUACGACCCUUGCCAUGAUGAAAUGGAGGCAGGUAAUGAAUGGAAAAAGGCUCCGCUGGGUCCUGGUAGCAGAUGAGAUCUGCUUUACAUCCAAACCUCUAGCCCUUUUCUUCAGUCUCGGAAAAGCCAUCCCUACAAUCAGAGGAGAAGGGAUCUAUCAAAAACCCAUGGAUUUCGCUAUGGAGAAGAUUGAUCAAGGGGGUUGGGUUCAUGUAUUUCCAGAAGGGAAAAUAAACCUAGAAAAAACCUACAUGAGAUUUAAAUGGGGAAUAGGAAGAUUGUUAACUGAGGCUAAGCAGUGUCCCAUUGUACUACCAUACUACCACAUGGGCAUGGAUGAUGCUUUACCAACAAAGACCCCAUAUAUUCCUAGAAUUAAAAAGAAAAUCACUAUUUUAGUAGGAACUCCUAUAGACUUCACAGAGGAGAUAGAACGCUUACGACACAAGAUGACUGCAACUGAACUCAGGAAACAUUUUACAGACAUUCUCCAAGAAAAACUCUAUGCUCUUCGCAAAGAGGCAGAAGAACUUCAUCAAAAACACAAAGAAAGUUGACAUCUAGAAGACAGUUAAUUAAAGUGGAUCUAUGCAAUGUGGAUAUUUAUGUAUCAGAUCUUUAUCUAUGUACAGGAUUGAGCUAGAUCUGUAUGUUUAACAUUUUAUUUAAAAGUUGGACAAUAUUAAUAUCUAAACAUCAGGAUAUGUUUUUUACCUUUUAUAUGUACAAAUUACUUUUGCAUAAAUAUAUAUUCAUAUGAUUUUUUUUUUCUU